AUUAUGGUCUUUACUAGUGGUGUGUCAUGGCAAUGCUUGGCAGCUCCUAUUGCAGCGUUCUGUUAUCAGAUGGACUCCUUCGCCGUGGGCAUGACUGUGCCAAUGCGCCUGGUGUUGCUGAGCCUGGUGAUUGGGAGCAGCCAGGGGUGCUACUGUGAACAUUACCCUUGGGGGCCAUGGUCUGCCUGCUCACAGACCUGCAAUUUCGGCACACAGACCCGGCACAGGCAAAUAAGAAUGGAUGAGUAUUAUAGCCAAAACUUCUGUGACCAGCUGUGCACAAAGCAUGAAUCUCGUACAUGUAACCAGCAAACAUGUCCUAUCAACUGUCAGCUUGGAGACUUUGGCCCUUGGUCAGAAUGUGACCCAUGUGUUAAAAAACAAUUCCGUACACGGGCGCUGCUGCGACCAUCCCAGUUUGGGGGCCAGACCUGCACCGAGCCACUGGUGGAAUCCCGCCCCUGCUUCCCAGCCAAGCUCUGCAACAUAGUGCAAGUUGACUGCAAGAAUAAAUUCCAGUGUGAAAGUGGUCGCUGUAUCUCAAAAAAAUUGGAAUGUAAUGGAGAAAAUGACUGUGGGGACAACUCUGACGAAAGAAACUGUGGAAGGAAAAAGACUGUGUGCAAUCGAAAGUAUGAGAGCAUCCCAGGUGUGCAAUUAAUAGGCAGUGGAUUUCACAUUCUGGCAGGUGAGAGCCGAGGGGAAGUUCUUGGCAACUCAUUCAACGGAGGACAAUGCACAACAGUGAAGCGCAAUGAGACACGGAAAUUGUAUCGUGUCCCUGCAAAUCUGGAGGCUGUCAGCUUUCAGGUAACAGAUGAAGAGGAUGAUGUAACAUCAGAUUUCUACAAAGAUUUAACUCCCCUGAGUGACAGUGCUUCUGGCAGUAGCUCAUCCACUCGAAGGGGUAAACAUUCUUCUGGUAUCCCAUUUUUAUUCUCAAAAAAGACACGGGUCCAGGUUACAUCAUCUUCCUCCUUCAAGAAAGCUAUUAAAGCCUCGCAUGAAAAGAAUUCCAACUUUAUUAGAGUCCAUAAAGUAAUUUCUGUUGCAAACUUCACAAUGAAAGAGUCAGAUCUGCAGCUAUCAGACGUCUUUCUAAAAACACUUAACCACCUGCCCCUGGAGUACAACUAUGCUUUAUACAGCAGAAUAUUUGAUGACUUUGGCACUCACUACUACACCUCUGGGAAGAUGGGUGGUUCCUAUGAUAUUCUUUACCAGUACAGCUCUGAGGAACUGCAGAACUCGGGUCUGUCAGUUGAGGAGUCAACAGAGUGUGUCCGAACAGAAACAACCAAGCGCGUGUUCUUCAAGAAGAAAAAGAAAGUCAGUGUCAGAUGCACCACAAACAGGAUGACCGUGACACAUGAAGGUUCCAUUUUGGAGUCAGCUGAACGAUCAGUUUCCCUGGUAAAAGGCGGCAGGUCAGAAUAUGCAGCAGCUCUGGCCUGGGAGAAAAAGGGGGCUUUUCCGGGACACAGAGUCUUCACAGACUGGCUAGAAUCAACAAAGGACAAUCCUGUGGUGAUUGACUUUGAGGUGUCGCCCAUCGUGGACCUGGUGAGGAACGUGCCAUGCGCUGUGACCAAGCGCGGCCAUCUGAGGAGAGCCCUGAAGGAGUACGUGGGCAGAUUUGACCCCUGCCAGUGUGCCCCGUGCCCCAACAAUGCCAGGCCUGUGCUCUCCGGGACAGAGUGCCUCUGCCUGUGCCAGGCCGGCACCUACGGCACCAACUGCGAGACACGGGCUCCGGGUUACACAUCAGUUGCUGUUGAUGGCCGAUGGGGCUGCUGGUCUGAAUGGAGCCCAUGUGGUGCUUCCUUCAAACAAAGAAGGACCCGGGAAUGCAAUAACCCCUCCCCAAUGAACGGUGGGAAGCCAUGCGAGGGGCAGCGGGAGGAAGAGGAGGACUGUUAUGUCUCUGUGUUCACAGACAGAGGUGCUUCUUGUAUAAAUGAUGAUGAAGCCAAGAGAGAAGAAAAUGUCUUGAUUGGUGAACCUGAGUCUGGAUGUUCUAGGCCAGACCCACCAGAACACGGCUUUAUCAGGAAUGAAAAGAACCAGUAUGCUGUGGGGGAGGAAGUUGAAAUUGCUUGUGUGAGUGGUCAUAUCCUCAUUGGCUAUCAGUAUCUUCGGUGUCUGCCAGAUCAAACCUGGACACAGCAACAUAUUGAGUGCCAACCCUCAGUAUGCCUCAGGCCAACAAUAUCUGACAGUGUCACAAUUUCCCCAUUUAAGCAACAGUACAACAUCGGUGAAACAAUGAAGCUGAGCUGCCAAGAUGGGUUUAUAAUCACUGGUCACACAAAGUAUACCUGUGGGAAAGACCUGUCCUGGAUACCUCCUAUUUUGAGGUCUAUUACAUGCGAAAAAGAUGUGCAAACUAAAAUUAGAGGAAUUUGCAAUCCAGGACAAAAGCAGGUUGGAUCUCAGUGUGUUUGUAUGUCUCCAGAAGAAGAUUGUGGCCACUACUCAGAAGACAUCUGUGUGCUACAUGCUGCUUCUGAACAGAAUGUGACCAAGCCCAGCUGUCAGUACUCAGCUGAAAUGUGCCUCGGAGUGCAGUCAUUUCAUUUCUUGCAUACUGGCCCUUGCCAUGGUAAUUCCAACCUAGACUGGGCUAUUGAGAGGGCAAAGCUCUCUACAAAUAGCUUGAAGAAAGUGCCCUGUGGCUAUGACACCUGCUAUGACUGGGAGGAUUGUGAAGAUCAAGCAAAACUAUGCCUUCAUCUUCUGUCAUCCAACCAAAUUCCAGCACUGCUAAAACCCACUGACAGUUCUGACAAGGCAGCUGUCUCCAAGUGGUUUUUAUUACUUACCGAAGAUGCUGCAACUCUUCAUCUUCGCAUGCUCUGCUUUCAUGCUGCUCUCCCACGCAGGCCUUCCCACCACCUUGUGGAGAGGGGUUGUUACAGGCAGCCAAACCAACCAACUUCGUUUGGAGGCUGUUGCCAUGGCACCUGUCCAAUGUCCAUGCCAUCUUCCAGAUUUCUGAGAUUUAGUGAGAAAGAAAGAGCAAAGGAGGCACUAGAUAAAAGGCACACAGCAAGGUUGCUGGGAGAAAUAUGACUCCAGUUCAGCCUGCAGGAUGUAUUCAUACCCAUUUGAGUUAAGUGGUUUUGUUUUUUGUUUUUUUUUUUCCUGAAUGGCAUUUCAUCCAUAGAACACCGCAAUUUCUCUUUUGAUUUCUGGUAAGGAAGACAGGAUUGCUAUAAAAUAUCUUUAUUGAGUCAAGUCAGGGUAAAAUUAAUUUUACCUAACUUCAGCUACCUAUGUGUCCAGCCUAAGGGCCUGCCUAGGCUUCUCUCAGAAUUUAUGGAAGAAGGAUUCCUCCCAAAGAUCAUUUUUUCACCCUACUUCAGACACCUAAUUUAGGAUAGGAUGAUUUACCAUUUGGAACCAAUCCCUCAUUUUUAACUACUGCAGGACUAUGGAUGGACUAAGUCCUGGAUUUCAUGUGAGGAUAAAAGAAUACAGGCAAAGAUUUCUGUUAUUUCAGAAACAGAGAUUGCCACUCAAAAAUGAGAGAAGUGAGUGAACAGCCACAGCCCCAGAGCCACAGCCUUCUGGGUCUGGAAGCCAUGCUGCUGAAGUCAAAAUGGCUUUUUUCUCCAUCCCUUAACCUUAGCAGAGACCAAAGGUCUCCCACUACAUAAAUUAGCACCAAAAGAACUUAACAAGAGGCUGCAAUCCAAAAAAAGUGAGGACAAAUUAAUAUUUAGACAACCAUAUGAAGAUGAUUUGUCCAGGAGUAAAAAUGCAGCAGAUCAGACACAGCUUCACUAAUUUGUACCACGGAACUAGCCCUUUUUCUGAUCAGAGCUCUAUCUCAUAGGAUUUCAACUAAUUCAUAGUGGGAAGGUUGCUCACAGUUUGUUGGCUUCUGCUGGGCCCAGACAGCUGUACUUUUUUAAAAGUGCCUGCAUUUUUAGUCCGUAAACAAAGAUUAAUUAAGAAAAAUACAUGCUUUCAUCAAGUACUGUAAAACAAGUUACAUAAUUCUACAAUCAAAGAUAAAUAACUGGCUAUAGCAUCAAUUUCUAUCUUUGUUUGGGUUGACAAGGUAAUGAUCUGCUAAUAAGAUAUAUAUACAUUUCUCCAAUUUCCCAUGAAAUGAACUCUCUCAAGAUAGAAUUGUGUAUCGAUCUUAAGUCUACUGAAAAUGCAUAGCAGGCAGGCAUGUGAGAAUUUAAAUAACAGAUUUUCAGAGAAUCACAGAAUAUUUUUCACUCCUUAAAACUCACACAUUAGACCUCAUUACUCUCUACAACUACCUGAAAUUAAGGGUAGUGAGGUGGGGGCUGGUCUCUUCUGCUGCGCCUACAAAGAAGACAACAGAGAAUGGCCUGAAGAGAUUGGAGAUUCACCUUAAAAAAUUUUGUCACUGCUGGGGUGGUCACAAAUUGGUCACCCGGAAGGUGCUGGACUCGCUCUCCCUGGAGGUGUUUAAUAGGAGUCUGGCUCUGGCACUGGGUGAUGGGUUUAGGGGUUUAGGGUUACAGAGGCUGCGCUGGGCUGACGGGUGGACUGGAUGGUCUUGUAAACCCUUUACAAAGCCGGCGAUUCUGUGAUUCUGCAAAAGUAACUUCGACUGCCGGCGUGACCAGGUCAGUACU